AUGAAUCACGAACUCUUUAGUACAUACUCGUGUACUUCCAGCCCCUCGUCUGACACUUCGACAGGCUUGUAUGUAGACCUGGACCCCUUAACGAAAGCAGUGUUCACGGGAAGCGAGAAAUUGCCGGCAUUGUCGAAAGAGGCUGACAUGAGUCAUCUGUCUACCUCCAGGAAACAAAAAGGCGUAAAACGCAGCAUGGACAGAAUGUCGACGAUUGUUAGUGGAGACAAGGCGUCGCCCAAAGCGGCAGUGGCCACGUCCAUGUUGGAAAUGCGCGCGAAUUCACAAAGUCUGGUGGCGCACACUUUCCAGGAUGGUAAGAGAGUUAGUAUUAAACAGAGGAGUUUAGCGCCAGCUGCUGCCAAAAAUGAGCGGGCCUUGAACAUCAACGUCGCAACGCCCGCAUGUGUAAGAAAGACUAAGGUUUCUCGUGAACGGCAACUCAAGAUCAAUGCAGCGUCGCGACGAUGUCGGGAGAAACAAAAGAUGGAGCUCCAAUUUCUUCGCACUCACGUUGUGGAGCUUCAGGUGGCCUUAAAGGACCAGGUAAAUUACCUGCAAAGCCAAUUGUCGCAGCAGCAACGGGCGGCGCGACUUUUACACUUCGUGGACAACAGUGUGCGUAAGGUGGAUGAGAUGGGCUCGGGCAUACGGUCCACUCCUGUAGCCAUGUCUACUGUACCACUCGUGUCCUUCAGCUCUGAUCUACUCCCGUUCAAGACAGAAGACAACAGUGGAGAUGAUACGGAUGGCCUACACAGCAAUGAAUCCGUGAAUCACAUUGAGACGGAUGACGCUAGCAGUGUUCACACGAUCGACCCGGCCACAGGCUAUUCACUAACUGAAGAGCGCAAGAAUGAAUUGCUUCACAUUGCGUCGUUUGUACGCGUAAAUAUUAGCCUUGAAAGCAGCAGCUUUGAACCUGAAGUCAUUUCGUGUCUUCCAAUUGAAAUGGAUGGAUGGCAACUUCGUCUUGCCAUAACGAAGAAAAACUACACGAUUCACAAUCAAAAGUUUUUUUCCUGUAGCGCUAAGGAUAUGGUCGACUUUUGUUGGGAGACAAACGUGGCGCAAAAGAUCUCCAUUAAGCACGCCAAGAAGCAUUACGUUGUUGUCACGCCUUUAGACAAGAACACUGCGCACGUGUACUCUAAGACGACGGGAAAAUGGUCAUUGAACGUGCACGGAGUGCCGAAUGUCAGCUACAAUAGUAUUGUGUGUCGCACAUCUAUGCCGGAACGACAUUGUGCUAUCAUCUGUCAACAAAGUGUCUUAGAAGAGCGUGAUUUUCAGGACGAAAAUACACUGCCGUGGCUUUUUAAACGGUGGGUAGUCUUCCGGCCGCAAGUUCAAGACGGCGUUGAAGGCACAUUCGUUGAAGCCUACCGCACCGCCAGCUAUGCCACUGGACGACCCAUUUACAAGGAAAACAAGACGUACGACAGCUUUUGCGAACAUUUAAUUCGGCGAUACACCGAAUCGAAUUCGCUAUUAGAACGUAUGAUGGCACGUGACAAGCGAUUCGCUCACGCGUUCGAGGCUAGCAUGCGCUCAGGGAUCGGGGAUGAAUCGGCCACACUCUCCGAUUUAUUGGUUAAGGACUUGUUGCUCUUCUAA